AUGGCCACCCCGCAGCCGUGCCGGCCCAAGUCGAAGCCCCCAGCAUGCCUCGUACGGUUGCCGCCCGAGCCGCCGCUGACGCUGAAGGUGGUGGGGCUCUUCAAAAGCUCCAGCUUUCAGGUGUCGAAGACCAUCGCUGAGACUUUGAAAACCAAUUACCCGUCCAGAUUUGAAGAUCCUGUGAUAGUUCCUCUUCAAGAAUUUGCUUGGGAUCAGUUUCUGGAGGAGAAAAAGAGGGACCUGAAGGGUGAAACCUGGGUCUAUUCCUCCUAUGUGAUGUGUUUUGUUAAUGACCAACUCCUGGGUAACGCAUUUGAUCUGAAGAAGUGGGCCCAGAAGGUGUGGGAUGUGGUAGAUAUCCGGCCCGCUGCACUGUAUGAGGCGCUGACUUUGGACUAUGCCACGAAGUUCUUAAAAGACACCAAGCAUGAUUUUGUGUACUUGGACAUUUGUAUUGAUCUUUCUCCAAUUGGAAGACUGAUUUUUGAACUGUAUUGUGAUGCAUGUCCCAGAACAUGUACAAAUUUUCAGGUCUUGUGCACAGGAACAUCAGGAUUUUCUGAGAGCGGCACAAAGCUUCAUUACAAAGAGUCGAUUUUUCAUCGAGUAGUUCAGAAUGGUUGGAUUCAAGGAGGAGAUAUAGUACAGGGACGCGGAGAUGACGGAGAGUCUAUUUAUGGACCGAUGUUUGAAGAUGAAAACUUUUCGGUUCCUCAUGAUAAGAGGGGAGUUCUUGGAAUGGUCAAUAAAGGUCAUCAUACCAAUGGGUCACAAUUCUAUAUCACACUACAAGCAGCUCCCUACCUGGAUAAAAAUUAUGUGGCUUUUGGGCAACUAAUCGAAGGAAGCCACGUUCUUAGACAACUAGAAUUAGUCCCAACAGAGAAUGAAAGACCAUUGCUUCUUUGCAGUAUUGCAGACAGUGGAGUUCUUUACACAUGAUUUUCAUACCAGUCUCAUUUUCUGUGAUGCUUUAUUGCUGUGCAUUUGAUCAGCUGUUUUAUAUUUAAUU